AGCUUCUUAUCCACCUCAUCCCUGGGCACACAGACCCGGCCCGGGUAUAUAAGCCCGGGCGGUGUUUCAGGUUCAGUGCCACACAAGCAGUCCACCAAGCACCGUCUCCCCAUCUGCUGCCGUCUCCAUGCGCUACUCAUUCGCUAUUUUGGUGGCUGGGCUGGCCGGGGUGGUGAUGGCUCGCUACGCCCCCACCAGGGACCACAACCAGGACUGGCUCUCCCUCAUAUCCGGCAAGCAGCAGCUCCGUGACGCCCGGAUAAUCUACACGCUUCUCAAGAACGAUCCAGACUUCUACAUGAACAAAAGAGAAAACCAAGGCUUCGACAGCAGUGAGAAGGAUUUCCAAGGCUUUCAGCAUCCAUUCUACUACCACCAGAAGCAGCAACACGGACCUUCCCGGGAGCCCUUUGUCUUCAGCAGACUAGGAAGCAUGGGGCCCUUGGACGCCCAACAUAACAUGGUCGACAUCCCCUUCAGGCACGGACGCCUGGUAGAGGAGGCAACUCUUGGAGCACAAGCACCAUCUCAUCCCAUGAAGGACAUUAUACCCGGGACUGCAUAAAAGCCAGAAUGAUUCAUAGUUUAUCUUCCUGUUUACAAGUGGAAAUUUUGCCUCUAAAUCAUUCAAUAUAAAUAAUGUUCACAACUUUGUUGUGUUAGGCUUCGACUUGUCAUCAUCAGCCAGCUUGUGCCUCUGGAGAGGACUUCAUUCUUGUCACCCAUAUAUAUUGAUUCCCAAUAAAAGUGUGGGAAAAAUACCUCUCUCUCCACCUUCUUGAUUAAAUAAUCAUUCAACAGUUUGAUUCUCCAUCCACCUCCAAUACUAAACUAUCACACGUUGAAUUUGAAGUUGGGUGAAAACUUAACCCUGACGCUCUGUAAACACACUCAGCACUGCAAGGAUCAUACAAAAUUGUAAUAUUGCUUCAUUAGUAUGUGUAACUUCUGUCCCCACACAGCCCAUCCUUAUAAACAAAACUCUAAAUCCAUUCCAUGCACCCACCAAACCUUG